AUGGGUUGUUUAGAAUUUUGGGUUGUGAAUAGUUUCUUAGCAGCACUAGCAUUCUUUAUACUAUUCUUAGUUGUUGAUGCCAAAACCCCAUUUUAUCCAUAUGCUGUGGCAGGAGGAAAAUCCAGGGAUUAUUCGAAGAGUGCCACUGCAUGUAUUGUUGCUGCAGCACUGUAUAUAUUCGUUGGGCUUGGUCUCCUCUUAUGGCAGAAAAGCAGAGAGCAUAGAAUGGAAAAGACAAGAUAAUAUUAAUCUUAUACCAAACAAAGGACUAGUUUUGAUGAUAGAAUUCGGACUUAAUCAUCAAUUAAAGGACCCCAAUUAGAGUUAUGAUCUAAUUAUUAAUUUAAAUAACAAUCCCAUAUAUGCA